UCAACGCUGGAGAAGAAGUUAAUAGGCAAUUAGGCAACGAGGGUGCGGCCCCUGUGUCCCGCCCAGUGGCUCUGUAAAAGUCCCCGCAGUACCCACGCCGCUCACCUGCUGGGACAGCUUUCCUGCUUUGCUCGGAUUCACACUGCUGAACGUUUGCUUUUCAAGCGAUCACUUCUGAAAGGGAGCUGUGUUCCUGCACCCGUGUAGAUCCCAGACCAAAACUGAAAAAAUGGUUGGCCUCACCCAGGUAAUGGAAAAUGAAGCAUUCAUGGCUUUUGCCUCCUAUGCAACGAUUAUUCUUUCAAAAAUGAUGUUCAUGAGUACUGCAACUGCAUUUUAUAGAUUGACGAGAAAGGUUUUUGCCAACCCAGAGGACUGUGCAGGUUUUGGCAACGGAGAAAAUGCCAAGAAGUAUCUUCGGACAGAUGACAGAGUGGAACGUGUACGAAGAGCCCACCUGAAUGACCUUGAAAAUAUUGUGCCAUUUCUUGGUAUUGGCCUUCUAUAUUCCUUGAGUGGUCCAGAUCUCUCUACAGCCAUCCUGCACUUCAGAAUCUUUGUUGGAGCACGGAUCUACCACACGAUUGCAUAUUUGACACCCCUUCCCCAGCCAAAUCGUGCUUUGGCUUUUUUUGUCGGAUAUGGAGUUACUUUGUCAAUGGCUUACAGGCUGCUGAAGGGUAGAUUGUACCUGUAAGGCAGAAGCAUGCAACUCAUCAUCCAGUUAUCUUCCAAGAAUUCUGUACUUCCAAUUUCUGAUGAAUACUUCUUUAGAUUUUAACUGGGAGGGGAGCAGAGAAAUUAAGAAUUAGGGAAAACCUAUUUUGAACAUUAAUAUUACCAAUGUCCUUUAUUCUUGUUUUAUAUUUACAUUAGAAAUCAAGUGUAAUUCUUGUCUUUUGUCUUAUUCUUAAAGUACUGUGCUGUAAAUUGUGAUUAUAAUUUGUAACAUUCAUUCAAAUUUCAUAUUUUUAAACCCAUAAAAAGAGUGAUUGCAUUUAUGAUAAACCUGUAUUUCCAAUCUUGCUGAAAUGGGCAUCGGAAAUAAAGAGUUUAAAGAAUAA